AUGCUUUACAAGAAAGAGCAGUUUUCUCAGAGGCGAACGGGUGCCCUUUCCGUCACCUUCAUCAUGCUAGGCCAUCUACUCAUCACACUCGCUAUUGUUCAGGUGGUUUGGACAAAAGCCAAACCAAUAGACAUCUUCAAUGAUCCUGGUGAAGGGGAUAUCCUGCAACUUCGCAAUCUGAAGAAGAAUGGCACGAAAGUGUACAAUGCCCUGUACAGUAAUUCCGACCUGAAAUGGAUUCUUACUGACGAAGAUGGGAACAUCCGCAUACCGUACACGAUUACAGGACCAUUUAAUUCUGCUGGAAAACGCGCGAUAGCUGUAGCGAUGAAGCGAAUUGCAAAGAACACCUGCAUUCGAUUUAUUGAACGGAAAGAUGAAGAGGACUAUGUCGAUUUGGUGAACAAAGAAGGCGAAGGAUGCUACACAAGUGUCGGACGCAUAGGAGGUCGUGGUAUUGUGCAACUUGAAUCCAGCGAUGAUGCAACAUGCAUGACGACGCCUAUUGUCAUGCACGAGUUGAUGCAUGUCGCCGGUCUAUGGCAUGAACAUCAAAGAUACGAUCGCGACAAUUACAUUGAAGUUAUGUAUAAAAAUAUCGCCAAAGAAUACCACGAUCAAUUCACGAAAGUGUCGCCCUUCCAAGCCACCACCUACAAUGUACCGUAUGAUUAUGAGUCUCUGAUGCAUUAUGGGAAGCGGGCCUUCGCGAAGCCAAACAAAAUCAGCAUGCGGACCAGAGAUCCGGAUCGGAAUACC